AUAGAUUAUUAAAUUGCAAACAAAUCGCACGUGGGCUAGAAUUUGAUCAACCUGAAAGCUGAAAUAAGUUUUGGACCGACUUCAACUAAAGGGGAAAAAAUUAAAAAGAGUACCUAACUUAACUGCCACAGCCUAGCAUGAAGCAAGAUUCAUUCUUUACCAUCCAAAACCAUAUAUCUCUCUUCCUUUUUUUUUUCUUCUCUCUUUCUCCCUCUCCCUGAAACUCCUACUUGCUCCGCUGCUUCUCGGUGCAGAUGGGCAAGAGGCCGCCAGUACCAGAUAUUGAGGUGGGGGCCUAUGUCAAACAGCCGCCGCCUCCUCCUCCUCCUCCUCCUCCACCACUCCCUGAGAAAUGGCGCUCCUGGCUGGUGCCUGUCAUAUUUAGUGUUAACAUAACCAUAUUUGUUUAUACAAUGUAUGUGAAUGAUUGCCCUGCAAAGACAGGUGCAGAUAAAUGUCUUCUAUAUGAUCUUUUAGGGAGAUUUUCAUUCCAACCAUUGCAAGAAAAUGCUGUCCUUGGACCUUCCGUUAUCACGCUGGAACGUUUAGGGGCACUUGAUCCGAUGGCAAUAGUAAAGAAUGGCGAAGCGUGGCGCUUCUUUUCCUGUAUAUGGCUACAUGCUGGAGUUGUUCAUCUGUUUACAAAUAUGAUCAGCCUUCUAUUUAUAGGAAUCCGACUUGAGGAGGAAUUCGGGUUUUUGAGGAUAGGAGUGUUGUAUGUAUUGUCCGGUUUUGGUGGAAGCUUGAUGUCUUCUCUUCGUCGGAAGCCAAGUAUAUCAGUCGGUGCAUCUGGUGCACUUCUCGGACUUCUGGGAUCAAUGCUAUCAGAGCUCCUCAUGAACUGGACAAUCUAUGCAAAUAAGUGUUCAGCAAUUAGCACCCUCUUGCUAAUCAUUGCCCUGAAUUUGGCCUUUGGUCUCAUACCUCAUGUGGACAAUUCAGCUCAUAUUGGAGGAUUUCUUUCAGGAUUUCUUCUUGGAUUCAUUCUUCUAAUGCGUCCUCAAUAUGGAUAUGUAAGCAGCAGGUAUAUACCUGUAGGAUACAAUAUCAAAAAGAAAUCCAAGCACAAAUGCUAUCAGUACCUACUGUUGAUCACAGCAUUAGUUGUCCUAAUUGUCGGAUAUAUAUGGGGUUUGGCUGCACUGUACGGUGGCCAUACAUUAUAGAUACCUCCUGAAUUAGCUAGUUCUUCAAAGAGCUCAAGACCAGAAAAAGAAAACUUUCCUUCUAUGUAUGUACACUCCUACCGAACUAUAAGUUACUAGUAUAAAUGAAAUACAUUGCGCACAUAAUUGUGUGUUAGAUGUAGAAUUAUAGGCAGUUGUGCGUUUGUAGUAAUGUAUAUUGCUGUUAUCUUCUUUACUCAUCAGUAGUAUAUUGCUGCUGUUCUCUUUCAAUUUCAAGGUAUGUGUUUUUUGUGAGUGAAGCUGAAGGAGAGCAGCGCUGAACAGACAACACAUCCUAAGGCUUUUGUAUAUUGGCUCACAUAUAGUAUGUUAAAUAGAUAAAAUACUCGGAAUCUAAA